AGGCGGAGAGGGCGCAGAAGGAGGUAUGUGCCUGUGCUGUCCAUCGCGAUUGGCCCAAGGAUGCGGAUGCGAUGAUGCAGGAAGCGCUUCGCGACGCUGCGACAGAGGGCAACUUGACCAACGUCCGCUACUAUCUCAAAAAAGGCGUCAAUGUCAACUGCAAGAGCGCUCUUGGUUAUACAGCCUUGUGUUUCGCUGCUUCCAAUGGCCAUGUGGAAAUUGUCCGCUUGUUGCUCGAGAAAGGCGCGGCCAACAACGCCAAACACAAGUAUGCAUGGACACCGUUGCACGAAGCUGCUGAGAAGGGGCAUUUGGACAUUGCACGCCUUUUGCUGACGAAGGGCACGGCCAUCGGCGCCAACGAUUACGAUGGUCGAACACCAUUGCACAAAGCUGCUAGCAGAGGUCAUCUGGAGAUCGUUCGGCUUUUGCUCGCGAAGGGCGCGGCCAUCGACGUCAAAGACGAGGUAUGGUGGGUCUGCACCGUUGCACAAAGCUGCUGA